CAGGUUGUGGGCUUGGGUUGGGUCUUAAAAAAUGGGUGGUCAUUUGCCAGCUAGAAAAGAAGACAGUAGGGCGUGUAUGACUGGGAGGGGGAAAGAGCAUGCAGUGCCAUGGGAACAGGACAGAACUUAGUGCAGGAGUGAGAUGGAGCUGAGAGGGUAACUCCUUUUCAGUGCCUGGAUCACUGGGGGUCUGCGUGCUCAGCCCAUAGCCUGCUCAUUACCUGUGGGCUGAGGGCAUGAGCAAGUGCAGGACAGGUACGGAGCUGUCCCUUAGAGAAGCAGCCACCACGUGGUAGUGAGUUAUUGCUGGGGUCCUGAUGACGGGUGCUGAGGGUUUGACGAGGCAGUGGAGGUGCCGAGGAAGGGCUGGAUGCACAAGCUUCUAAGGAAAACCGCCAGCGCCUGGUGGUGGACUGGAUGUAGGGAGGGAGUCAUCACGACUGACCUGGUUGAACACAUCCCCUUUGCUGGUGCUUGGAUGAAUGCAGCCCUGCACUCUCCUGGGACCUCGAAGGGCACCGAAGCCAGAAGUAGGGUCAGCUCAGCCUCUAGCUCCGCCUCCGACGGGCCGCAGUGCGGUGGAGGUUGCGGCUCGGCCAGCCCUGCAGGUGGCGCUGUGUGUGUGGAGGCGGGGGGCUGGGAAACCGCCUGGAGGCUGCGCACGCGCUGUGUGUGUGUCGCCGCGCAGGGGCCGGGGCCGUCCGGUCCCGGAAGCGGAACAGCCCUUGUGGGAAGCGGGAGGGGGCGGUCGUGGUUCAGCUGCUAGAUUGAAGGCAAACUUCUAGCGGAUUGUUCGCUUCCGAGGGGCCGCGGGCGGUAGCUGUCGGGUCCCUCUGACCUGUGUUGGGGGGCCUGGGAAAGGGCCGUGACGGGUCCUGAAGAUGCAGCAGGGGACAUUGACCAUGGCACUGCUCUCGGCCGUCAGGGGCGCGUCCCGGCUUUGCUCCAGGCGCCUCCUCACGCGUCAUUUCUCCCAAGCCGCGCGGCGUGGACAGCGGCCCGGCGGGGAGGAGUUAAGACGUCUGCUACUGGAUGAUUUGCCGCCGACCCCGCGGUCGGCCGGGGAGCUGGAGGUUCUGUUUGGCCUGUCCCCGUGUCUCUUGGCCCUGCGGGCCGCCCGCCGCCGCGUGGCCCGGCUUCUACUACAGGCCGGCAGGUCCGGGCUGCAGGGGGAGCGGGUCGAGCUGCUCCGGGUGGCCGAGGCGCGGGACAUCCCAGUCCUGCGGCUCAGUCGGCAGAAGCUGGAUGCCCUGUGCCGCUACCACGUCCACCAGGGCGUCUGCAUGGAGGUGAGCCCGCUGCAGCCUCGGUCUUGGGCUGAGGUCGGGGAGACGAGACCGGGCGACGACCCCCAGCAGCUGUGGCUCGUCCUCGAGGGGCUCCAGGAUCCCCGGAAUCUUGGGGCCGUGCUGCGCUCCGCUCAUUUCCUCGGAGUGGAUAAGAUCAUCACCAGCCGGAGAAACAGCUGCCCGCUCACUCCGAUAGUCAGCAAGGCCAGCGCGGGGGCCAUGGAGGUGAUGGACGUGUUCUCCACUGAUGACCUGGCCGCUUUUCUACAGGCCAAAGCCCAGCAGGGCUGGCUUGUGGCUGGCACAGUGGGCUGCCCAGAGCCUGAGAUUGCCCCAUCCUCCGAGAUUCCCAUCACUAGUUGUUUGGACUUCCUCUGGGAGCAGCCUACUCUCCUAGUGCUGGGGAACGAGGGCUCUGGUCUGUCCCGGGAGGUGCAGGCCUCCUGCCGGCUUCUCCUUACCAUCCUACCUGGCCGGCAGCUGCCUCCUGGACUUGAGUCCUUGAAUGUCUCCGUGGCUGCAGGAAUUCUCCUUCACUCUAUUUGCAGCCAGAGGAAGAGUUCCCCUGCAGAGGGGAAGAGAGAGCAGCUUCCUCAAGACCCCCAAGACCCCUCAGCCACAUCAGAAGGGCUCAGAGUGGCUCAGCACCCAGGACUGUCAUAAGGAUCAGAAGAAGAGAGGCAGAAGGUGGACUGACUUGGAUUGUCUGAGCCCUGCCCAGAAGUCAAGGGGAAGUCUAGACAUCAGAAAGGAAAUUGCAUGGCCCUGUCCAGACAGCCUGUGCCUCUCAAACCAGUGUGAGAAUGGUGGAGGGAGGCCCGGGUCCUUCUGUGGUCCAGACAGAUGCAAAUCCAGGAUCAAACCCUUCCUGGGGGCCUUGAGCACAUGGCUUCAUCUUUAUGUGCCUCAGCCCUCCUCUGCACCUCCUUCACAGGGCGGUUUGUGAGGAUCAAAUGAAUACCAGGUUUCCAGGAGACUCUCCAUUCUGUUUGAUUCCUCCACUAGGUGGCAGCCUCGCUCUUUAGUCACAGUCUCUUUGGGACACUUUUAGUCACCUGGGGAGGUUCCUGGCUGGAGCCCCGCUGAGAGGCAAGCGAAAGAUUAGCAAACUCCUUCUAUUGUCCCGCAGGGCCCACCGGUGACCCCUCAGUCAGUCCACCUCCUGGAAGGAACCGAUGAACCAGACCCCCGGCCUUGGAUUCCGUGAGGUGGUGAAGACAGGGUUGCUGUUAUUUGUGCAAUCCAGACAGAGUUGGUACACAGCUACCCUAGCUGGAGCAGAAGCCACCAACGUGAAUAGUUUAGAGCAAUCUUUGGCUGCACAUUGGGACCACUUGGCAAGCGUUAAACAGCUGGCACCAGGGAGCAGUGCUCAGAGAGUCUGAUGUAAUUGGUCAGGGUGCAACUUGGGCAUCAAGAUUUUUAAAGUGCCUCAGGUGAGUCUAAUGUGCAGCCCACACUGAGAGGCCCUGGAGCAGGGUUUCUGCACCUCUGAGCUGUUGGCUUCCUGGGCCAGGCAACUGUUGUGACAGCCUGUCCUGGGCACUGCAGCAUGUUCAGCACCUCUGGCCUCUGCCCACUAGGUGCCAGUAGCACCCCUUCCCAGUCGUGACAACCGAAAAUGUCUCAGGACAUUUCCAGAACGUCCCCAAGGGGACAAAACUGCCCCUAGUUGAGAACGGCUGCUCUGGAGCAUGGAUCCGGAGGACAGCAGCCCUCGGUUCAAACCCCCAUUGCUGUGUGACCUUGGGCAAGUUCCUUUCCCACUGAGCCUUCAUCCCCUCCCCUCCUUGGUGGAGGGGCCAAUUCUCCCUUCCUGGGAUGCUGGGGCAUAGAGGGGGCAGUGGGGACUUGGUGCCUCACAUGUAGUAGGUGCUCAGUAAGCAGUGCCGCGCUUCUCAUGUGGAAUGCAUUUAUCUCGAAAUUCAACUGGUGACACCAAUUUGGAAGGACAUUUGAUUUGUUUAAAAAGGGCCUAAGAGCAGAGAAAGACAAGUACCAAAUGAUUUACCUCAUUUGUGGAGUAUAACAAUGAAGCAACACUGAAGGAACAAAAUAGCAGCAGACUCACAGACUCCAAGAAGGAACUAGUGGUUACCAAAGGGGAGCAGUGUGGGAGGGAGGGAGAUGGGGAUUGAGGGGUAUUAUAAUUAGUAUACACGGUGUGUGUGGGGGGGUCACUGGGAAGACUGUGUAGCACAGAGAAGACAAGUAGUGACUCUGUGGCAUCUUAACUACGCUGAUGGACAGUGACUGCAAUGGGGUGUGGGGGGGACUUGAUAAUAUGGGUGAAUGUAGUAACCACAUGUUUUUCAUGUGAAACCUUCCUAAGAGUUUAUAUCAAUGAUGCCUUAAUAAAAUAAAAUAAAAAGAGAUAAGGGCGGGGGAAAAGAAAGGGUAUUACGAUUAGCAUGUAUAAUAUGGGGGGGCAUGGGGAGGGCUGUGCAACACAGAGAAGACAAGUAGUGAUUCUACAACAUCUUACUACGCUGAUGGACAGUGACUGUAAUGGGGUUUGUGGGGGGGACUUGGUGAAGGGGGACCCUAGUAAACAUAAUGUUCUUCAUGUAAUUGUAGAUUAAUGAUAACAAAAUAAUUUAAUAAAUAAAUAAAUAAAAUAAAAAGGGCCUAAGAGCACUUUAAAGUCAGUCUUCUCUCUUAAGAAAGAGGAAGAAACCCCUUCACAAACUCCACCAAUCUCUACAUGGUCCCCCUGAGUUGUCCCUGACCAAUACGCAGGCCUGACCUCUGCUGGCAUGUGUCAGCCGUGGGCAUGCUACACUGCCUCCCCCAUCCCUGCUGUGCUCUUGGCCAAGAGCCUAGUGUGGUUUUUAACCUUGUCUGCACCUUAACGUCAUGGGGGAUAGCUUUAAUAUUCCAGAUGCCCGGGGGCAUCAGACUGAUUAGAUCAGAAUCUCUGGGGAAGGAGCCAGGUACCAGCAUUUCAGAGUGCCCCAGUUGAUGCCAGUAUGCAUCCAGGUUUGAGAAUCACUGGUCCCCAAGCCACCUGCUUAAGUCUGAGAAACUGCUUCUAAAGCACUCGUACCUGUGCUUUUGAGCACAUGCCUGAAAGUUUGGGCCGGGGACCUUUCAUCUGUCCCUGAGGCUCUUCAGAAGAUCCAGCCCUGGCUCCAUGGCUUCCUAUCUGGAUGGCUUCCCAGUCUCCUCAUCUGUAAAAUGAGGAUAGUACCUUCAAUAUGCUCCAGCUACCCCUCCCCAACAGUGGAGUUGUAAAGAUAAAAUGAGGGCGUAACAGUAAGAAGUGUCCUGUAAACUAAGGGACUGUGCACCCCAGGACUAGCUCAUAAUGAUAUAAACCUGGAUGUGAUGGUCCAGUUUACGUGUUAACUUGACUGGGUCAUGGAGUAUCCAGAUAUAUGGCUAGACGUUCUGGGUAUUUUUGUGUGGUGUUUUUAGAUGAGAUUAAUAUUUAAACUGGUAGACUGAGUAAAGCAGAUUGCCCCCCCCCCACUGUGGGUGGGCCUCAUCCCAUCAGUUGAAGGCCUGAAUAGAACAAAAAGACAGACCCUCCCCUGAGAAAGAAUUCUUCCUGUCUUUUGAAACUGAAACUCUUCCUGGGUCUUGAUCUUGCUGGUCUUGAGAAGGGCACUACAUCACUAGCUCACCUGGGUCUCCAGUUCAUUGGCUCACCCUGCAGGACUUGGGACUUGCCAACUUCUGUAUUCACACGAACCAAUUCCUUAUAAUACAUGAGAAGUAUGAAUAUAGCUAUGUGUAUACGUGUUUAUCUCCUAUUGGGUCUGUUUCUCUGGAGGACCCAGACCCGUAGCCUCGGUGAAGACCAGGCUGAGCUGUAUGCUGGGGCUCCCUCUGUGCGCGGGUACAGAAUCGAGCUCUGCUCUCCAGGACUUAACCUAGCAUGGGACCUAGAUAUCGGGGGUGGGGGUACUCAGGGUCCAGAGAUCCUUCUCCAAUCCAGGGACUCCUCUGCAGUGUCUGGAGGCAUGCUGUUCAUCAGCCUUCUGGGUCCCAGUGGUCUGGGCACUCUUGGGCUAACAGCCAGGCACAAGGGGCUCCUCCCUGCUUCGUCCCUGGUCAACAGGCUGGCUAGCCUCUGAGAAGACAGGUUCCCUAGAAUGAAAAGGGAUUGAGGCCCUAGUUACCUGCCAUGCACACAAACGGCAUGCAAAUCAGGCAUUCCCAAGACAGGAAACAGCCUGGGCCCUGAGGCUGAAGAUGAGGCCUGAUGCUCCCUGGAGUGGCUGGUCUCUGGUCCUGACACAGCACUGUGCCUGACACACACAAGCUGCUCAAUAAGAGUGUUAAAUAUUCAGGAGCUGGGGUGGCUGUGCCUUGGAUAUGAAGGGGAUUGGGUGGGGGGGUCCAUCCUCUGCAGGGCAGGGUCAGGGUGAAGCCAUAGCAGAGAACAGUGGUAGUUAAGACUAUGACCCUGGCUGUUAAGCAGUGUUCGCUUUGAGCUCCAACUUUGUGACUUGCUAGUGAUAUACAUGUGGACAUACCCCUCAGCUUUUCCAAGCCUUGGUUUUCCUUGUCUUUAAAAUGGGGAUAACAAUAGUGUCUACUUGAGAGGAUCAUGGUGCAGAUUAAAUGAGAUCACACAGGUAAAGCCCUCACCCUGUGCCUGGAGGAGGAAGGCAGCUGUUCUUGCAGCCCCUGGGGGCAGACCUAGAGUUCAGGGCACUGGCUCUGUUUUCCUACCAGCAAGGCCUCAACUUCCCCAUCAGCUCUAGCACUCCUUUCACCUGCAUCUGCCUGUGAACAGCUAAAGGGAGGUGGAGAGCAGAGGGGGUUGGAGUGACAGUCGCAAUAUCCUCCUUUGUCAGGGCUCCCCAACCAAGAGGGGAAGGGUCUGGGAAGGCUGGUAACCCCAGAGCAGCUGAACUGUGGCCUGCACCCCCACCCACAUCCAGGAUUGGAAUACUUUUUUUUGGUAGGAGGCUAAAUUGCCAGCUCCCUCCCCUCUGGUUGGGGUCCUCAACUAGACCCCCCGCCCCCCCACAGGGCCAGGUGCUAGGGAUCCCCCACGGUUUGUAAAUGUAAUCAACCUUGAGGUCUCAGGCUUCCACAGGUGCAAUUAGCCUGCCCAUCUGCUAAUCCCUGAUUAAUGAUGUUUAUAAACAAGAGACUCCACUCAGAGCUGUUCAGCCCCUCCCUCCCAGGCUUGGAGGCAGGGGGUCUUCCUGGCGCCCCCACAGUACACACCCUCUUCAGGCCUCCCCAGCCAACACCCCUUCCCAUUUCCCUCACUGGGCAGAGCUGGGGGUUGCCCCUGACCCACUCUCUCAUUGCAC